AUCGCUAGUCGGGUCGUGACGUCACCAACGGUCAAACCAGUGUGACAGCAGCCAUGGAGGAAGUGAGAGUGUUUCCCCUGACCUGUGCCGUGCAAAAUUAUGCGUGGGGGAAGAUCGGGCAGGACAGCGAGGUGGCUAAACUCGUGAUUGGUGGAGACCCAGUAGCUGUCGUAGAGGAUGGCAAACACUAUGCAGAGUUGUGGAUGGGUGCCCACCCAAAAGGUGACGCCCAGAUUAAAGACAACAGGAUCUCACAGACCACGCUGGGCCAGUGGAUCGCCCACUUCCCCGCCUGCCUGGGCUCCAAGGUCAAAGACACCUUUCAGGGUCAGCUGCCCUUCCUCUUCAAAGUCCUCUCUGUCAAUACAGCCUUGUCCAUACAGGCCCACCCCAACAGAGAGUUAGCUGCUCGUCUCCACGCUCAGUUUCCGGAGCACUAUCCAGACAACAACCACAAACCGGAGAUGGCCAUCGCUCUCACCCGCUUUCAGGGCUUCUGUGGCUUCAGACCAGUGGAGGAGAUCCUGGGAUUCCUUAAAUCUGUCCCGGAGUUCCGUGCUCUGGUGGGCAACGCGGCAGCGGAGGAGCUGCGAGGCAGCGCGGGAGAUGCGGUUCACACGAGCCAGGUGCUGAAGAAGUGCUUCACCAGGAUGAUGAACUGCGAGAAGAAGGUGUUCGUCGAUCAGCUCAACAUGCUGGUCAAGAGAGUCACUGAAGAGGGUGCAGCAGGGAAGGACACAUCAAGCAGCAACGGCGACCUGCUGCUCCGUCUCCACUCCCAGUAUCCCGGAGACAUCGGCUGCUUCUCCAUCUACUUCCUCAACUACAUGGUCCUGGAGCCGGGCCAGGCCAUGUUCCUGGGAGCCAACGAGCCUCACGCUUACCUUUACGGAGACUGUAUCGAGUGCAUGGCCUGCUCAGACAACACGGUGAGGGCCGGUCUGACACCCAAGUACAUUGAUGUCAACACGCUGUGUGAGAUGCUGAACUACAGCCCAGCUCCCGCCAGCUCCAAAAUCUUCCCAUGUGUCCAGGACGCUUCUGAUCCCUGCGUGUCCCUGUACGACCCCCCGGUGCCAGACUUCACCGUCAUGAGGAUACAGGUCCCAGCCUCAGUGAAGCAGUACACUGUCGCUCCGGUCGACAGCGCCAGCAUCCUCCUGGUCAUUGAAGGCGACGCCACGGCAACCUCUGCCGCUGCCCUCUCUGACGUCACGCUGAGGCGGGGCACCGUCCUGUUCAUCUCGGCCAACGAGAGCGUCUCCCUGCACAUCACCUGCCAGACGGGGAUGAACAUGUUCCGAGCCUGCUGCCUCCUGUAGUUGUGAGUCUGUGUGUUAAAGCUCGUACUACCUGUGUUUGUUUGGUUGUUUGGUUUGACUCAGAAAGGUUGUUAAGGAUUGAGCCCAAUGAUCGCUCGUUGUGCACUUUUUAGUAUGUAGUCUGUUAAAUGAGCUUUCAGACAGAGUGUGUCGAUGCCUGUAUGUGCCCGCUGCUCCCAACCUAAACUCAACCUGCAGACGGCUCCAGCAGCGUUCUCUAGCUUUAAAAUCCAGCAGUAUAAUCCACUGCUGAUUUUAACGGUCUUUUUUACCUGUAGUGGUGCAAUUACAUCUUAUAGAAAAUGAGCACAUCCCAAAUUCUUUAUAGGUGCUGGACAGAGGACACAUACUAUGAAUAAAAUGUAAAAUAUGUCCACAACACUGAACAGGACCCAAUCUAGAAAAGUGCAUGUGACACUGAGCCUUUGUCAGGUUCUGAUGAGGAUCGAACGAUUGUUGUAUGAAAGUUGAUAAAACAACCUGAGAUUGUUUUCUAAAAAAAAAAAAAAGUAUUAGGUCAAUAGAUUAAAUCAAUUAAAAUAUUGAAUCGUGAUUAAUCGCAUGAUU